AUGGUGACGGCAGGGGGUGGGGGAGGUGGCGUUGAUUUUUUGUGGGAAGUGGCGGGAGCAGUCAGUAAGGACGCGCUUUUGGGUUUUUUUGGAGACUGGAGGCUGGGAGGAGGGGAGAGGGACGGGGAGGAGAGGGAGGUGGCGGGUGGCAGAUCCCUGUGGCGUAGUGGAGGCACCGGGAGAAGCAGCUGGUUCAGUGGUGGCGAUGGUGGCUCGGCGCAACGUGAUGCGUGCGGGAGAUGCAGAAGACGACGCGACGGGGUCGGUGAGAGAGGGGAAGCCAACCACCUGAGGGGCGGCAGCAGAGGCGGCAACAGAGGCGUACGUGAGGGCGGGGGUAGUAGUGGGAGCUGUUGA